AUGUUUUCAUUUUGCGGCGCUCGUUACUUCCUCAACACAAAGAUCCAAAGAUGGCGUCCACGGGGGACAGCGAUCUGCUCAACCUGAAGAUUUCCAUCGAUGCCGACGAACUGUCGGACAUGGAAGAAGAUAGUCCUCUUGAGGAGGAUACAGAGAAACCAGAGGGACAACUGGGAGACGGUUCGGAAGCUCCCCAUGUUGAAAUUAAGCGCUCAUUGGAAGGCAGAGUGUUGCCUAAUCUGGGAGAAAGAAAGUAUGAGAACAAGGCUGGUGACUUCAUUACUGGCAUUGACAUCACUGAUCCGGAAUUUCUGGAGAAGAGACAACAGCGAGCCAAACGGUUUGGUGUCACCCCACCAGCAGAGGAAGAAGCCUUUGCAAAAAGGUUAGAGUUGCUGAGAGAGGAACUAAAGGAAGCAUCUGAAGCAGAGUGGGGUAUCCGUCCUGAGGCCCUGCAUGUACAAGGAGUGGACGACCUGAACACACAGCAGGUGUUCGACUACUUUAAGAAGUUUGCCCCAGGAUCCAUAGAGUGGAUCAAUGACACCUCAUGCAAUGUGGUAUGGCUGGAUCCCAACACAGCAGCCAGGGCCAUCCUGUACUACACAGACUCCAGCAAAAUACAUGAGGCUACUGAGGAAAAGGACACUCCAACUGAAGACACAAAGAAGGAAGAAGUCCCAAAAGUAGAAGAGAAAAUGGAAGAGAGUAGUGUUGCUACAGAAGAAGAAGAUGAUGAUGAGUUGAACCUGAUGAGUGAUGAUGAACUGGAGGAGGGAGAGGCCAGGGGGAAGGACAAGGGGAAAGAGACUGAGACCAAAUCUACAGAGGAGGACAAGACUAAAGAAACAAAGGAUACCUCAGAGGAAGAACCCAUGGAGCAGACUGCAGGGUCUCCCGGAGGGUCAGAGGUCAACAUACCUGCCAAGUUCAACCUGAGAGAGGCCAAGCCUGCCAUUCCCUGUGAAAGAGCCAAGAGGCUCUUCAUCAGAUAUGCAACUAAUGACGACAAGAAGGAGCAAGGGGCCCAGAGGAAAAGCAAGUUUUAUAUGAAGUACGGAAAUCCCAACUUCGGUGGAAUGAAGGGCAUAAUCUCAGAGUCUUGGAGGCGGAGAUACAAAGAGAAGAAGAGGAAAGCGAUCGUCUCACAGUACCGUAAGCAGAGGUCGAAGUACAGCGACCCAGAUGGAGGAGAGGGUGGUGAGGAGGAGGAGGAGGAGGAGCCAGAGGAGCCAGAGAACGACUGGGAGACGGAGCUGGAGCUGUACAGGCAGGAGCAGGAGAGGAGGCUAUUGAAAGAAGCUUUACAAACUCAGGAACAACAGAGACCAAGCAGACCACCACAGAAGAGACAGAAGGUGUCUAACAUCCAGGCGUACCCAGGGUCGGAGUCAGAGCAUGGGUCGGAAUCUGGCUCAGACAGUGAUGGCAUUGACCUGGAGUACGAGCUGCAGCAGCUAACCAAGCAGGAGUCCAAACGGCCGGCGAGAACCAUGUAUGCAGAUGAGGUGGAACAACGCAUCAAACAGCUCAGGCAUUCAGUCAAAGGAGGCAGAGGCAGCAAGCUGGCUGUUCACGUGCCGUCCUCAGGGGGGGUGAAGUCACGACUGGGGAACAAACCAGACAGCGAGAACAAACCCCGGCUCACUUACACCAUUUCCAACGUGCGGGAGCGUCUGGGGGGCAAACAGGCCGCCACGCAGGGAGGCGGCAGUGUGCUCCAGAGACUCGGCAAACAGGCUGGCUCCAGGGGAGAGAGUAUCUUACACAGACUUGGGCAGAAAAGACCUGCUUCUGACAGUGAGUCUGAAGAGGAGGAGGAAGAAGAAGAAGAUGAAGAUGAGUACGACAGAGAUGACGGUCGUGAUUCCCCGGAGUUAGCCAGCGAUCUUAGAAAGAGGCUGGGAGCUAAGAGAACUGGAGGAAAGUUUGACUUCAAAAACCUUCCCAGCCUCUCCAUAGAAGUCACCAGAGAUGACAGCGAUUGACAGCCCUUUAUGCUUCCUAUGUUUGUAUGAGCUCGGUAGUCAGUGAAAAAUAAAAGGCAUUCCUAGAGGAAAGAAUUUGUGAGGACCAUACUUUGUAACGCACAGGUAUUUUUUGAUGAUUGGCAGAAAUGUAGAAUGGCAACAUGCAACAAGGAUCAUCAUAGCAGCUGGCAUAAGACAUGGUUACUGGCUCCCACCAACAUGUUGGUACACUGGUCUCCUUUAAGUAUGCUUUAUCAAGACCACUGGCAAAGAAUUUUUGCUUAGCUUUUGCAUUACUGAGAUUAUGACAUUUCAUCCAAAGCCUAUUUGUAUCUGUGACAUCUUCUUGUACAUGUUCAUGAGCAUAUGUAUUUUAAACUUGACAUUAACCUUUACCAAUACUUGUAUAACAUUUGCCUGUGUCCUUUACUUUAUUGGUAAUACAUUGUAUUGGCAAACUCUGUGUAUCAUUGAAUCGCUACUACAUGCGUAAUAUUUAGUGUCGACUUACUAGUAUGAUAGAGAAUUGGUUACCAGUUUAGUGUUACAUGUAGCCUUACUAAAUGGCGCUUAUAGCGGCACAUCCGACAUUUACCAGCCCCAAGGGAACCUUGAAACUUGAAAGUAGAGUUUGUGUUAUACGGACUAGUGUUACAUGUACUAUUUUUCAUUCUCCUUUUUUUUUAUUUUGUUUUGUUUUGUUUUAUGAAAUUGAUUUUGAAAAUGAGAGAUAGUGCGUACUUAGCCAAAUAUAAGUGAUUCUUACAUUUUGUAUUUGUAUUCAUCUAUUUUCUUCAACCAUGCACCAGACGUCACAUUGUUUUGUAUACAGAAUACAAUUUUGGUCAUACAACUAA